GUCAUGAUGAAUUGCAUCUCUGUCCCCGAAGCAGCCAACCAGCAGGUUUACGUCGUGUACGACCUGCGUUCCAAGCCUCCCUCUACUAAACCAAUCAGAUGUGAGGGUGUGCUUUCUGACCGCCCGGCUGCAGGGAUCUUAGUAGUGAGUGUCUCGGGCACCAGUUGGAGCACGAUCGGGGAGAGUUGGGGAGCUGUUACCAAACUGCAAUUCUAAGAUGUCUGCUUUAUGGGAGGACAUCUACAAUAAUACACAGCUCCUUGAGGAAAUAGUGCCCAUCGCUAUUGACGCAGCCCUCUUACAUGGAGUUAUUAUGAGAACAAAGGAAACCCCAAAUUCCUCUGAUGUGGUGAAUUUCGCACCCUUCACUCUGCUCCCCUCCCCAGUGCCAAGAGCACUCUUUGACCAAGCCAAGUCUGUGCAGGAAGAUUUCAAUCUUCUGGUAGAUCGGAUCAGCCAGAACCCCUCAUUUCUGGAACAAACACUUUCAAGCGCUAUGAAAGUGGAUGAAUUUAUAUCGCAGCUUUUUAAAGUCUAUAGGCACGUGCUGGAUGAAGGUUUGGCACAGUCUGUGUUUUUAGGCAUUAAUCGCUCGGACUACAUGUUUGACUGUAGAGGCGAUGGAACAGCAGCCCUAAAACAGAUUGAGAUUAACACGAUUGCUGCUAGUUUUGGAGGACUCUCGAGCUCCACUCCUGCAGUGCAUCGACAUGUUCUGAGAGCACUUGAGAAAUCGGAGGAAGCUUGUAACCUUUUGUCGAACAACCCAUCGCUUGGGAUAUCCCAGGGUAUUGCAAAGGCCUGGGAAUUGUACGGAUCACAAAAAGCUGUUGUCAUGUUCCUGGUUGAAAAUGUCCAGAGGAAUAUUUUUGAUCACCGUUACAUUGAGAAUGAGCUGUGGAACAGAAAUAUCAAAGUGAUCAGGAGGCGUCUUACAGAUGUCAAAGAGAGGGGCUCCUUGGAUGAAAGAAAACAUCUAUAUGUGGAUGGAUAUGAGGUUGCAGUAGCAUACUUCAGGACUGGGUACAUGCCUCAAGAUUACAAUGAACAGGGUUGGGAAGCACGUCUUAUGAUGGAGAGAUCCACAGCAGUGAAAUGUCCAGACAUAGCAACCCAACUGGCGGGUACCAAGAAAGUCCAACAGGAGCUGAGUCGCCCACUUAUUCUGGAAAAAUUCCUGCCAGACCAACCAGAGGCUGUUGUCCGAAUCCGAGAGACUUUCGCAGGCUUGUACUCCUUAGAUAUUGGUGUAGAAGGAGAUCAGACCAUGAAAAUUGCACUUGCAAAUCCAGAGUUGUAUGUACUAAAGCCACAAAGAGAAGGAGGAGGAAACAAUAUCUAUGGAAAUGAGAUAAGAGAAGUACUGGAAAGGUUUAGAGACAGCACUGAGCGUACUUCCUACAUACUGAUGGAUAAGAUCAAGCCGCAGCCUAUCAGAAAUUGUCUUUUGAAAGCCAAUGGCAAGCUACACGUCUCUGAGUGCAUCAGUGAGCUGGGCAUGUUUGGGGUCUAUGUGAGGCAUGGUGAAGAGAUGGUCCUCAAUGAAUGUGUGGGCCAUCUUCUUAGGACAAAAGCCACAGAACAUGCAGAUGGUGGUGUGGCAGCAGGUGUAGCAGUCUUGGAUAAUCCUUACCUUGUAUAAUGGAGUUCUUCAUGUAAUCUGUAAUAUUUGAUGUGCUUUACUUCCCAUGCUGGACAUUGGAGGAAACUACAUAACUGAAUCUUGCCUGCAUCCAGCAAUAUAGAAGAUCCUUCCAGAUAUUUAAUUUAGUUGUGUUCUUCUGAUUAGACAUCCUUAUAUGCCAAUGAAAGUACAUACAUAACGAAAGGUAAUAUGCUCCAAUUAAAAUGUAAUGAGAUCUUUUAGUUUACACAAAUGGAUAAAACUAGACUUUUGUUUGUUCUGGCUGACAAGCAAUAUUAAAAUGUCUUUCUAUACCCCUGUAUGUUUUUUGCAGUAAAGUUAAGCUCCUUUUUCCUGAAAAUAUUUCUGGAAAAAUAAUUCCCAUCCCUAUCAAUGAUAAUAUAAUACCAGAACUAUAAUGGAGUGAAAAACUAAUUCUAAUCUUAGAAUUCCAAAGUGGUCAUGGUUAGUCUAAUACUCUCUGUAAUGGCAAGUAAUUACUGUCAAUCGCAGUUCAAUGAUUCGCUAAUUCAUGCAGACUUCCAGUUUUAACAAUUCUAAUAUAACAGAACCGGCAGGAUUUCAGUGAGUUGCUUAAAUUUUGUGUUGAAUGCCUGAAAUCUUGCUGGUUCCAUAAUAUUGGAAUCUAUUCUAGACCUCCAAUGCUGCAUUCUUCAGAUCUGUAUGGAGAUAUCAGCAAAUUAUUAGUACAGAAAACUGUGGGUUGAAAUUUGCUAUUAAAGAUUUUCAGUUGUAAAAAAUGAUGUACAGUAUUAAUAGGUCCAAGAACAUAAAAGAUUUAUCUGAAAUGUUGGAUUACGUAUAUUGUCUUGACCAAGUGAUUGAUAUCUGUUACAAUGAAGUAAUACUAUUAAUUUCUAAUAUAUACUUGUACAGCACUGUGAUUUAAUAAAUAGAGUUAAAAUGAUAAAAAA